CGUGGAUACUCUUUUUAACCCAGGCCCAACAUCCCGGGCCUCUCUCUCUCUCCUCCAUUAACGAUCCUUUUUCUGUCUUUGCAUUCUCCAUUUUUGUUAUUUUUUCGAGGAGAGCUUGAGGUUUGAUAACAUUGGAAAACCUCUCUUUUCUUCUUCUACCUUCAUCUUAAUUCAGUUGCAGGACAAUGGGUGCAGGUGGGCGAUCUAUUCCUCCAUCUGCGAGAACAGAGAAAUCGGAGCCACUCAACAGAGUACCGUUUGAGAAACCACCAUUCACACUUGGGCAGCUCAAAAAAGCCAUCCCACCUCAUUGUUUCCAGCGCUCUGUGCUACGAUCUUUUUCAUAUGUUGUUUAUGAUCUUGUUAUUGCUUUCCUCCUUUAUUAUGCUGCCACUAACUACAUCCAUCUCCUCCCAAAGCCCUACAACUACUUGGCCUGGUCCAUCUACGGCUUUGUCCAAGGCUGCAUUCUGACUGGUGUUUGGGUUAUAGCCCACGAAUGUGGCCACCAUGCCUUUAGUGAUUACCAGUGGCUUGAUGACACUGUUGGCCUUGUUCUGCAUUCAUGCCUCCUUGUACCAUUUUUCUCUUGGAAGUACAGCCAUAGGCGCCAUCACUCCAACACUGGUUCCAUGGAGAAGGAUGAAGUCUUUGUACCAAAAACUAAGGAUGGCCUUUCAUGGUUUUCUAAGUACCUUAACAACCCACCUGGUCGCAUCCUCUCCCUUUUUGUCACCCUAACCCUUGGCUGGCCUUUGUAUCUUCUCUUCAACGUCUCCGGUAGGAAAUAUGAACGAUUUGCCUGCCAUUAUGACCCUUCAUCCCCUAUCUACUCAGACCGUGAGAGGCUUCAAAUUUACAUUUCUGAUGUCGGGAUUUUGAGCGUGGUAUAUGGGCUAUAUCGCCUUGCAGCUGCCAAUGGGCUUGCUUGGGUUUUGUGUGUAUAUGGUGGUCCAUUACUCGUUGUCAAUGGCUUCCUUGUGCUCAUCACAUACCUUCAGCACACACACCCUGCACUGCCUCACUAUGAUUCAUCCGAGUGGGAUUGGUUGAGAGGUGCAUUAGCCACUGUCGACCGGGAUUAUGGGAUUUUGAACAAGGUGUUCCACAACAUCACUGACACCCAUGUCGCUCACCAUCUGUUCUCAACCAUGCCACAUUAUCAUGCCAUGGAGGCAACCAAGGCAAUUAAGCCAAUUUUAGGUAAAUAUUAUCGGUUAGACAAAACUCCAGUGUUUAAGGCAAUGUGGAGGGAAGCCAAAGAAUGUAUUUACGUUGAAGCCGAUGAAAAUGACAACGGUGUGCUCUGGUAUAAAAACAAGCUUUGAUUGAGAAUUUUGGUUUGAUUUACACUAGGAAAAUCAUGGUUUCUUAUGUGAGUGAUUGAUUUAGCUUUUUCUUUUUCGUCGAACCCCCCCCCCCCCCCCCCCCCCCCAAUUACGGAGGCCCUUCGGCAUGGUCUUUCGUCACUGUUAGAGCUUUAGGUUGGCUGUGUUUCUGUCAUAAAUUUCUUGUAUUUUAAGCUGCAAGAUUCUUGUACUAUGAUAAACUUUAAUUGUUGACUGAGCAAGAAAUUGUGUUGAAUGUUUUUAGUUGUUUACAUCCUUUAGACCUUUACAUUACCUUGAUCUUGUUUUUAUACAGUUCCAUAUUUGGAUUUUGCCUACUGUUGAGUUAAAUUCAAACUCCUAGACUUUAGGCUACAUUUCGAAGAAGCCAAAUUAUACGUGCCAUACUUAUGCCUAUCCUGCAGCACAUAAUUGAAUUAGUGGACAGUUCUGUUCUUUUAUGAAAACGAAAUCUACAAAUUCUUGUAAGAGAUCAUUUUUAAUUGGGUCAGUCUAUUAUUAUCUUUUUGUUUAAUUAAGCUUUAAUAAGUUGUGUAUGAGACAUAUCAC